GCCGCUGUGCUCUGCGCCGGGCGCCGCGGGGGACCUGAAGCGCUACCUGUGGGCGCGCUACCGCGACGCGCGGAGGCGCACGGACGAAUUGGUUCCUUCACUUAUGAGUAACCUGCUGAAUCCAGAUGCCAUUUUCUCCAACAAUGAAAUGAGCCUGUCGGACAUCGAGAUCUACGGCUUCGAUUACGAUUACACGCUGGUGUUCUACUCAAAGCACCUCCACACGCUCAUCUUCAACGCGGCUCGGGACCUGCUCAUCAAUGAGCACCGGUACCCUGCGGAAAUCAGGAAGUACGAGUACGACCCCAGCUUCGCCAUCCGCGGGCUGCACUACGACGUGCACCGGGCAGUGCUGAUGAAGAUCGAUGCUUUUCAUUACAUCCAGCUGGGAACCGUUUACAGAGGCCUCAGCGUGGUCCCCGAUGAGGAGGUCAUCGAGAUGUACGAGGGGUCACACGUGCCCUUGGAGCAGAUGAGCGACUUCUACGGAAAGAGUUCCCACGGAAACACCAUGAAGCAGUUCAUGGACAUUUUCUCGCUGCCGGAGAUGACACUGCUAUCCUGUGUGAACGAGCACUUCCUGAGGAACAACAUUGACUACGAGCCUGUGCACCUGUACAAGGAUGUCAAGGACUCCAUCCGGGACGUGCACACCAAGGGGAUCAUGUACCGAGCCAUUGAGGCUGACAUCGAGAAGUACAUCUGCUACGCGGAGCAGACCCGCGCGGUGCUGGCCAAGCUGGCCGACCACGGCAAGAAGAUGUUCCUCGUCACCAACAGCCCCAGCAGCUUUGUGGACAAAGGGAUGAGGUACAUCGUCGGGAAGGACUGGAGGGACCUGUUUGACGUGGUCAUCGUGCAGGCUGAGAAGCCCAACUUCUUCAACGAUAAGCGCAGACCUUUCCGAAAGGUGAACGAGAAAGGUAUCUUGCUCUGGGAUAAAAUCCACAAGUUGCAGAAAGGCCAGAUUUACAAGCAGGGCAAUUUAUAUGAAUUUCUGAAGCUCACCGGCUGGAGAGGCUCCAAGGUGCUGUACUUUGGUGACCACAUAUACAGCGACCUUGCGGACCUGACCCUGAAGCACGGCUGGCGGACGGGCGCCAUCAUCCCUGAGCUGCGGUCGGAGCUGAAGAUCAUGAACACAGAGCAGUACGUCCAGACCAUGGCCUGGCUGCAGACCCUGACCGGGCUCUUGGAGCAGAUGCAGGUUCACAGGGACCCGGAGUCGCAGCUGGUUCUGCAGGGGUGGAAGAAGGAGAGGAAGGAGGUGAGGGAAAUGACCAAAAGCUUCUUCAACGCGCAGUUCGGCAGCUUGUUCCGCACAGACCAGAACCCCACCUACUUCCUGCGCCGCCUGUCACGCUUCGCGGACAUCUACAUGGCGUCCCUGAGCUGCCUGCUGAGCUACGAUGUGCACCACACCUUCUACCCCCGCCGGACUCCGCUGCAGCACGAGCUGCCCGCCUGGGCCGACGGGCCGUCCCCGCUCGGAGCCCCUGUCCUGCAGGCCGCCCAGGCCGAGUAGCCGCAGCCUGGGGCAGCGCCCGGAUCCGGAUCCUGGGGGACCUGGUCACUCUAAGGCGAGCAGUAAACUGAUGAACAUUUCACGGGCACGUUAGCAGCGUUGCUGAGACCGAUCUUCUCGGAGUGUGGAUGAGAGUCCCUGGUCGGGGCAGCCCGCCCGGCGUGACAGCGUGUGGGGGCCUGUGGGAGCAGCCUGCUUCCAGUCGCCUUUACAGAGGAAGCCUGGCCUUUAAAACAAUGUUUUCGGCGUUCGCCUUGAAACUCCGCUUUCCUCGGACCAUUCUCACGCUGCUCUCUGCCGCCCUUUCUCACGGUUUACUCCAUCUGCCGCGCUCACCGUUAGCUCCACAUCGCAGGUGCGCCCGCCGUGGGGGAGGGCAGGUCCCAGACUAGGUUAUGGUCGGUGGGUCGCAGCGUUGGCUCCGCCUGCAGAUUACUUUCACUGAGGAGGGGUGAAAGUGGUCUCGCCUCCUCCGGGAUUCUGCUUUGGGUGCCCAGGAGCCGCCCCUCCUCCUGCCCAGGGCGCUUCUGAGUAGACGGCGGGACUGAGACCCACAUGGGCGCCCUCGGCUUCGGUGCUCUGCGGCUAGAUCGGCCGGACUCGGGCUUCCUCCACUGUUCCGUUCAGCGGCCAGGGAGCCUGUUUCCCCCCUUUUAAUACUGAUUUCCUUUUGUGCCACUUCUUUUUUGGGGGCCUUGUAUUUGGGGGCCGGGCUCAAAGUUUAGCCGACUUGGACACCACCGGAGGGUUAAGGAAGGGGAAGGGGCAAAGAUCCUCUCAUGCAGGUUAGCGCUUCGUCCUCAGCGCCAGCUGGGUGGUUUUCAGUGCUGGAGGCCUGCAGGGUCUCCCGGCGAACGGCCGGCUGUGUCCCUGUGGGACGUGAUGUGCAGAAAGGCCGUGGGCGGGACUGGCCCUGGCUGUCCCUGCUGGCCCCUGAAGGGCUCCCUAGGCAGGAGGGGCAGAUCCCCCCGGGGGACAUUUCCUUGAGCGCCCCGUCCCGGCACUGGCGGGGAGCCCCUCGUGCUGUGCCCUCGCUCAGGUGUGUGGCUGCCCUGGCACUGGCUGCUGAGCUCCGAGGUCUCCAGCCUGCAGCAGCUGGGAGCGCGGGGGCUGCCUGUUUGCAGCUGUCCACCCUCGGGUCACGCCCCCGCUGGGGUCACGCCCUCCCUGGGGUCCUGCUCCCCGGCUGGCCUCGUGGUCGCCAUCGCCAUCGGCUGGGCUCGGGACAGCCCUGGGGACGCCUCCAGCUGCGGAGCUCCCUGCAGGGAGGAGGCCCCGACAGCCAGCACCUCCCCACAGCUGUGCAUCCCCUUCUUGCCUGCAGCCUGUGCCCCCGGGGAACCUCCCCCCCCCCCAGUGCUUUUUGUUUCCUAGCAGUGUAGGCUUCAGCUCCCACCUUAGGAGCCUUUUCUAAUCAUUUAGUGGAACGACAAAUUGCCCCUGUAUGGUGUCAGGCACCACAAAUACAAAUUAGGUAGACCUGGUAUUUAUUCUGAAUGUGAAUUUGCUCUUUAUUCCGAAUGUUAAUUUUAUGUGUUAAAUGAUACUGAACUUACAGCCAAAUAAAAGUUUGCAUUGUUAUUGCCUGA